CCGGUUAUUUGGCGUGGAGCGUCGCAGAACAGUAUCUGUAGGGACAGCUCUGAGACUGAGGCGCUGGGACCGAGCUUAGAAUGGCCGGAGGAGGAACCCGGCACUCAGUGGCGUCGUCCGCGGUUGUCCAACGGUUGCGAGAUCUGAUCGAGGUCCAAGAGGUUUCACUGGACAAACUGAGACGAGAGAUAAACAUACAGAAAGAGAACUCAGUAAAUAAGGAGGAAUAUGAUGCGGUUGUGAAGAAACUAGAGAAAGAAAAGAAAGAACAUGCAGAGACAAAGAAUACCCUAGCUAUAACAUCUGAACGCCUGCAGUUUGCCCUAGGAGAGACUGAUAUUUUCUGCAAACAACUUGAGUGGGAGAAACAAGCAUUUGACAAGGCACUUUCUCAAAUAAAGAGUAAACUUCUAAAACAGUCACUUCAGAAAGACAAACUUAUAAGCAAAUGUACAGAAAUUGAAACCCAUAUUCAGAAGCAGGAAAAUAUUCUAAGCUGCAAAGAAAAUGAAAUCAAGGCAUUGCACUGCUUCAUCAACAAGCAAAACCGAAUCUUAGAGAAACAAGCAUCUGAAUACAAGAUACAGAUGCAACAAGAAAGUUACAUAGCAAAUGUGCUUAGAAAAAGGCCCAAGGGAAAAAAAAAGUAACUAUAGGAGCAUUUCCUUAAAUUACUAGUUUAGGACUGCUUUUCCCAGGUUUUCUCACUGAAAAAUUCACAAAAUAUCAACAUUUCAUUUCUCAUUCUUUUUAUUGGGCCAAAAUUGGAUAUCCUUCAUUUAUGCAUUUGUCUAAAACAGUGGGAAUACAACACAGCUAUUGUGAAAUGACCUGCUAUUGUUUGAAUGUUCUGUUUUGAUUCCUAUCAAGGAACAUAAUUAAUGGUGGGAAGGGCAAUAAACCAAUAAGA